AUGUCGAAGAGAAGGGUGGCGUACUACUACGAUCCUGAUGUCGGGGCGUAUACCUACGGAUUGGGACACUGCAUGAAACCUCACAGGAUACGGAUUGCACACGAACUGGUCACGGCUUAUGGCAUGUUGGACAAGAUGCACAUAUUGAAACCGUCUCGUUGUCCUCCCGAGAAGAUGACCGCAUUCCACACCGAUGAAUACAUUCAUUUUCUGAGCCGCGUCACCCCUGAAAAGGAACGAGAGCUCACGUACGACGGAACAAGAUUCCUUGUGGGGUACGACAAUCCGGCGUUCGAGGGGGUAUUCGAGUUCUGCUCAAUAUCGGCGGGAGGGUCUCUUGCCGCCGCCGAACGUAUAACCUCCGAUUCAGCCGACAUCGCUGUCAAUUGGGCUGGCGGCCUUCAUCAUGCGAAGAAACGCGAAGCGUCUGGUUUCUGCUACAUCAACGACAUCGUCCUUUGCAUUCUGGAACUUCUCCGCUUCUUUCCUCGCGUACUCUACAUCGACAUAGACUGCCACCACGGGGACGGAGUAGAAGAGGCGUUCUACACGACGGACCGUGUCAUGACUUGCAGCUUCCACAAGUAUGGUGACUUCUUUCCUGGGACAGGUACCCAGAAUGAUAAAGGCACGGGCAAAGGGAAGAAUUACACAGUCAACAUCCCACUAAAGGACGGUAUCACCGACGAGUCAUACAAAAGUAUAUUUGAGCCUGUGAUCACCAGAAUUCUUGAAGUCUACCGACCUUCCGUUGUUGUCUUGCAAUGCGGGGCAGACUCCCUAUCAGGAGACAAGCUGGGUUGCUUUAACCUGUCCAUGCAUGGCCAUGCGAACUGUGUUCAGUUCAUGCGCAAGCAGAACAUUCCGACAGUCCUCCUCGGAGGUGGUGGUUACACCGUAAAGAACGUCGCGAAAACAUGGGCAUAUGAAACCGCAUGCGCCUUGGGGAUCGAGAAUGAGAUUGACCAAACGGCGAUGCCUUGGAAUGAAUAUUUUGACUGGUUCGGCCCUCGUUAUCGGCUUGAGGUAGCGACGAGCAAUAUGGACGACGUCAACGUCAAAGAUAGAUCCUUAUACAGAGUAAGGGACAAAGCUUUGCAACAACUAGCGGAGCUCGAGCACGCACCAUCCGUUGCGAUGCAUGACGUGCCCCGAGAAUCUGUCGCUGAACACCUGGGAGUACGCAAAGAAGAGGACGACGAUGCGCGCGACGAGCUUGACGAACGAAUUGCCCGAACGGCUCGGGCCGUGCAUGCCAUGGAUUCUAGUGACCCGGAGUCAGACGACUCAGAUACCUCUCGCCACUCCCGUCGUGAUACCAGAUCACGACGAGCGAACCGGAAACACAUGAGUAUCUUGACCAACCAGUAUUUUGACCUGCCUCAGUACGAGGCUGAAGACUUGUUCGUUCCCGAUGGCUCGAAGGCCAGGCGCAAAUUUUUUGGACAGUCACCGACCUGGGCAAUUCCUGAUGUAGGGAUCGAGUCAACUACAAGAGUCCCCGUGGAAGAUUUGCAUGAUUUAUCGGAGGGAGGUUCGAUGUUAAUUGAUUGACGAAGCGGAUAUCAGCCCGUAUAUACUCCUGCAUACUCAUCAGCGCGUCCGGUGUGCACCUCUGUCGCUGUCACUCCUGUCGC